GCCAAAAUCAGGAAGUGACGCAAUUAAAUAAACACGGCAACCUGUCAUCACAGGUGAUAUGGAAAUAGAAAUGCGGAGUAGCUAAUGUAAAAAAAACCGAUUACCAAGCGUGGGAACGUUCAGACGAAUCCCUCCUUAUUGAUAUAUCGCAACAAUAUCUUCAUUACCCGAAACAGCUUACCAAGUACCCGGCAAGCUUGCGAACUACAAAGUAAACAAUUUGAGUGCGAAGACCAGCAAUGUUUACAGACAUGGACUAUGAGCUGGAAGAGGACAAACUAGGGAUUCCCACUGUUCCAGGAACAGUGUCCCUGAAGAAGGAUGCACAGAACCUCAUAGGGAUCAGCAUCGGAGGGGGCGCCCAGUACUGCCCCUGUCUCUACAUAGUACAGGUGUUUGACAACACCCCAGCGGCACUGGAGGGGACUCUGGCUGCUGGAGAUGAGAUCACCGGGGUGAAUGGUAAACCGGUGAAGGGGAAGACCAAGGUGGAGGUGGCUAAGAUGAUCCAGGCCGUCCAGGGUGAAGCCACAAUUCACUACAACAAGCUGCAGGCUGACCCCAAACAGGGGAAGUCACUGGACAUCGUGCUGAAGAAGGUGAAACACCGGCUGGUGGAGAACAUGAGCUCAGGGACGGCCGACGCCCUGGGACUGAGCAGAGCCAUACUGUGUAACGAUGGGCUGGUGAAAAGACUGGAAGAGCUGGAGAAAACAGCCGAGUUGUACAAAGGUUUAAUGGAGCACACUAAGAGGCUACUCAGGGCGUUCUUCGAACUCUCUCAGACUCACAGAGCGUUUGGGGACGUGUUCUCGGUGAUCGGGGUGAGGGAGCCCCAGGCUGCAGCCAGCGAGGCCUUCGUGAAGUUCGCCGAGGCCCAUCGCAGCAUCGAGAAGUUCGGCAUCCGGCUGCUGAAGACCAUCAAGCCUAUGCUUCAUGACCUGAACACCUACCUUCAUAAGGCCAUCCCAGACACCAAGCUGACCAUCCGCAAGUAUCUGGACGUCAAGUUCGAGUACCUGUCCUACUGCUUGAAGGUGAAGGAGAUGGAUGAUGAGGAGUACAGCUGCAUCGCCAUGGGGGAGCCUCUGUACCGGGUCAGCACUGGAAACUAUGAGUACCGGCUGGUGCUGCGCUGCCGGCAGGAGGCCCGAGCCCGCUUCGCCAAGAUGAGGAAGGACGUGCUGGAGAAGAUCGAGCUGCUGGACCAGAAACACGUCCAGGACAUCGUGUUCCAGCUGCAGCGCUUCGUUUCGGGCAUGUCCCACUACUACGACGAGUGCUACACGGUGCUGAAAGAGGCGGACGUCUUCCCCAUCGAGGUGGACCUGUCCCGCACCAUGAUCAACUACGGCAGCCAGGCGCACUCCUACACGGACGAAGACGAGGAAGAGGAGGAGGAGGAGGAGGGAGGAGGAGGCGGGGGGGCGCAGGAGGGCCUCUCCGGCGGGCAGCAGGCGGAGAACGGCGCGGAGAAACUGAUCGAUGACGAAUGAGCGGAGACGUGGUUCAGGCCCUGAGACACUGCCACCGUUCCUCCUGAUGACUGGCGCCCUGUAUCAGCGUAUCUACAGUAACACCCUGCCCUCCGGAGAAUUCACGAUUCCAAAGCUAUUUUUCCCCCGAUUGGACCGGAGAGUGUUCGGCACCGCUAAUGACCGGUCACACCCCGCCCGACUCCACUGUAAUUAACCCCCACAACCAAGGGUCAUCUUCCCCAACACUCUUUCGGUUAACUUUUAUUUUAAAUCCAGUUCAGUUAUUCUAACUGCCAGCCUUAGUACUCUCGGUCUAAUUCGACUCCUUAGGAGGAAAGUUGACGGUUUCGUUCUGCCAAUCAGAUUCUAGCCUUGCAGGUGCUUGUCUUCAAACCCUAAUCACCUGUUCGCCUCAUUAAUUGCGCCUUAAGUGGAGCAGAGCAUUGGUCUCCAACUAAAGCUCUCUCUCGCCAUUGGAGCAUACAGCGAGUGCGAGAGUGCAUGCUGCUUAGCAUUAACCAAUCACUGAAGUGUGCUUGUCUGUAGCUGUUAAGGAUUAAAGUACGUAGUGACCAAAACAGCCCCCAUCACCUGCAGUUCAAAGGAAUGUAGGUGGUCACACAACGAUAAAAAGCAGCCUGGCAAAAUAAUGGCGAGAUCACCAAAAAUGAGGUGAAUAAUAGUGAAUAAUGCUAACCAGCCGCAGAGGGUUUAAGAUGGCAGCUGAAGGCCCUAGGGCCUGCAAUAUCGGAGCUGAUUUGACAGGUGAGGUGACCUCAUCUGGAGCAACCAUAAUCCUGCGAAUGGUUUUGUUUAUACCUCGUGACCUGCUGUCCUGAGUGAUGUCAGGGUGCCAUUGCGUCCUGCAGUUUCCAUGGAUACGAGCUGACCGCCGCCCUUAGUGAUCCGUUGCUAAGGCUCUGAGAUUAAAUAAAUUAUGUGCAGCAGACACCACACACACUGGCCCUUCUUCUGGCAGCAGGUGAAGGGGUCAUGCAUUUUAGGGGUUUGUUAACCCUCAGUCUCAUACUCAAUUUUACCAAAAAGGGCCGGUGUGGGUGCAGGGCUUUGUUCCAACCAAGCAGUUAUACACCAGAUUCUACUAAUAAACCAUGAGAGUCUUUGCUAAGCAUCUUAAUUAGUACCCACAGGCUUUUGUUUGAAGAUUGAAUGGACUACAUAAUGGUCAGACUAGCUAGGUGGAGUUGCCCUACCUGUAAUCAAUGUGAAUGUGAGGUUACUGUUCAUGUUCUCUCCACUGAGUUUGGUUGAUGGGUCAUUUAGACACGGUAGACAAUUUGUGUUCUUCUAAAAAAAAAAAAACUCUGGGGGGAAAAAACUAGAAAGGGACUCAAAGCAGAGCUAGUUCAGUUUAAAUUCACCAGCAGAAAUUUACCAGACCAAACUGAAGAGUACAUAACAAAUAUGCAUUAUUAUUCCAUUUCAUCAAAAGGCAUGUGUCCUCUGCGGCUAGACUGCAGUUUUUAUUCAGUGAUCGUACCAUACAUGACCCCACAGCACAGCUUUCACCAUGCGACUGUCACACUAUCCUUCACCAAUCACAGUGAUGGAUGGAGUUACAGUCUGUCCAAUCGGUGCUCAGCAAUGUUACUGUGUGGCAGCACAUCGAGCCACAGGGACCCACACGUAUGUUAUACUUCCCCUCUUACCCUCCAUGAGCUCUGCCCGGCUUAAUCUGGACCAAAUCAGUGAUUAAUCCACACAGGCACUUGGUGAUUUGCUGGGAGCUUCAGUGUGCUGCUGUUUUGACAAGCUGUUGUGGUAACUUUGUACAUCUGCCCCUAAUUGCCUUUCUAUUUAUUUUACUUUAUUUACUGUAUGGGUACUCCAGAGAGAAGGAGAGAUCUAUGGAUUAAACAACAAAUGCAGUGCAGGCAUGUAUGUACUGAUUAACUGGGCUGUAUCUCACUGAUGCUUCUGUAAGGGACCUUUGUUGUAUUAAUUUGCUUUAUGGCUUUAUGGAUAGAGGACCAGUUUCUGUGGUUAAGCUUUAAUCCAAUGUGACCCUUCUCUGUUACAAACCGGAGGACCAUAACCGAUUAACCCCCCCCACAAGGUCAAUUUAACAUGCAAACACUAUUUCAAUAAUAUCAUGAAAAAGACUUAUUGUGCUUUGUUGUGGGUGUUUCUUUUGUGUUUUUGCCAUUGUCUCUGUUUGGGCACGAUGGAAAUGUCUUACCGGAAUAGUGUGUAUAAAAAAAAAAAAGAAACGGUGAUUAUUUAUUAUUCCAGAUAUCAGACUUAUAAUAAAGUAUUUCCUCAUUACGA